GGGGGGGUCCAUCAGAGAGUCCGCCGCAGGUUUCCAGUCAGUGCGUCACAUUCCAGCUUUGGAGAGGUGCGGAACAACAUGCGCCACCUUCCAGCACGCCAGGAGCCCUGUGACUGACUACCGGCAUGGCAAACAGGGGCCCCGGGGCCACUUUAAGACCAGCGCUCCCACGCAGCCAGGGACACAUUCUUGGGUGUCCACACGAGGACAGGCGGCGGUGGUGGACUCGACCGGGUGGCAGAGGUUUGAAACAUGUUCCGACGAAAUGCGCAGCAGCGUGUGAAAGUUUGCGGACGCCGCAGUAAGAGGCAUGGAUCACUUUUUCCGGAGAAAGCGGGUCGGGCUGCUGAAACCGCUGCUGAGCGCGUCUCUGGUCUUCGCCUCCUUUCUCAUGAUCCAUAAGCUGAAGGUGUCGGAAAAGGACGCGGCGGGACUGAAAAAUGUGAGAGACGCCCGAUGGUGCGGGUCAGGCUGUUUUUCCUUCAAGAAGGGCGCUGUGAAACUUGCCGAGGACCCUCUGCCUGUCGGGGCGCACUCGGAUGCGCAGCGCGUCUCCAACGUGACUGCGGCUGUCUGGGACGCGCAGGUCCUCACCUGCAGCGAGGACGCCACGGUCAGGACUAAGGACUGGUUCCGGCGCUUGGACUCGAGAUUUCACCAGUUUGUGCUGCACCGACACUGCAGGUACUUCCCGAUGCUGAUCAACCACCCAGAGAAGUGCGCGGACGGAGAAGUGCACCUCCUGAUGGUGGUCAAGUCCGUCAUCGAGCAGCACGACCGGCGCGAGGCCGUGCGUAAAACCUGGGGCAGGAAGCGCACGGUAGACGGGAAGAAAAUCAGAUCUUUAUUCCUCCUGGGGAGUCCCAAUACUGGCAAAGACACCAAGAACCUCCAGAAACUAAUUGAGUACGAGGACCGGAUCUACGGGGACAUCCUGCAGUGGGACUUCAUGGACACCUUCUUCAACCUGACACUGAAGGAGGUCAACUUUCUCAAGUGGUUUGACAUCUACUGUUCCAGCAUUCAGUUCAUAUUCAAAGGAGAUGAUGACGUGUUUGUCAACACACACAACCUGCUGGAUCUCAUUGGCUUCAAAGUGGAGGAGAACAAAGUAGACAACUUGUUUGUUGGUGACACAAUCACCAAGGCCAUCCCCAUCCGAAACCGACAGAGUAAAUACUACAUCCCAAAGGAGCUGUAUAAUAAGCCAUACCCCCCCUACGUGGGAGGUGGGGGGUUUCUCAUGUCUGCCCAUUUGGCCAGGAGGCUCUUUGUGGUGUCUGAGGACCUGCAGUUGUACCCCAUUGAUGAUGUGUUUUUGGGGAUGUGUCUGCAGAAGCUUCAGUUGAGCCCAGAGAUGCACCCGGGCUUCAAGACCUUUGGCAUCACCAGACGGCGAAUGAGCCCAAUGAACAGUGAGCCCUGCUUCUAUAAAAACCUCAUUGUGGUGCACAAACUGAAUGCACAGGAGCUGCUCAAAAUGUGGAGGUUGGUCCAGGAUAACCCCCUGGUUUGUGCACAAAAGACCUUUGUCUGAUUGCCAAAACCAAAUCAACAGACUCACUGCAUCAUGCUUAACUGAUGUUCAGUCUGCCUAGAACACAUAGUUGACCCCCACCAGGAGGUUCCAGGUUUAUGCUUUACUUGGUUUGUUGGUGUAUCAAUGGACUGAUUUUCUUCUAACUUUCCUGCAGGGAUGCAGAGUGGCAGAUAUGUAUAAAAUUUUGUGUGUGUAUGUUCAAAGUUUGGUGCUUCUCACAUAUGUGCCUCGCUAUUGGUUCUGUACUGGAACAGAAACUGCUUUUUCUUUGUCCACAUCUGGAUAAAGAAGUAGAUGUUUUAGGAUUUGACAGGUGCGCACUCUACUGAGUGCCAUUCUAGUCUUUAACGUGUCCUGAAUGUUCUUUAAACAGUUUUAAGUGAAUGGGGAAAAAUGGUAUCAUCAAGCCAGUAAUUAAAUAAACAAGAAGGACACUCAUUAGAGGAUUUAACUCCAGUGAUUUAAAAAAAAAAAAAAAAAAGCAAAUUCUUCUGUCCCUCCACUCUGCCCCGAUUUGGUGAAGUACUCCAGAAUGUGGGGGUUGUUUUCCAGGUUAGACAUUCCAGGUGCAUCUGCAUGUUGAUUUGACACAAGUUUUACACCGGAUGGCCUUUUUAACUCACAUUACAUGGAGAAUGGACAGGGCCUAAAACUUAAAAACAAAACCCAAUACAAUAAAGGGUUGUUAAAUAGACCAUAAUCCACCCAUGCAUUUUCUGUACCUGCUUAUACCAAUUAAGGGUCAUGGAGCUGGAACCAAUCCCCUCAGUCACAGGGCGUGAGGCAAGUAGACCAUAGUGAUAAAUAAUUAAAAUGUGUAACAACUGUGUUCUUCUCUCGUGUUUAAGAAAAUAACAUAUUGAAUCCAUUUUUUGGCCCAACAUUUUCACCAAAUUUUAUAAAACAUGUUCAUUAGUUGUUUUUGUUGUUUUUAUAACUUAAAAUGUCCUGGCUCAGCACAGUCAAGCUCUUUAUUGCCUUUUGUGAAAAUCCAUUGCAUGUAUGUGUUCUAUUGUCUCACAUUUAAAAAGGAAAACAAAAACUUUUAUCGGUUUUCUGACAGUGCUUUUUUUGUUGAAGUUGAAAAACCAUCCACGCUGCAAACCGCACAUAACCUCUAUGGUGGAGCUGUAUUUUCUAGCAGGCUGCAUAGGAAACCAGAUCCUUCUGAUAACAUUUCCUGUUUGUCAUGCCCUAAACAUGUGAGAGUCUACUGCAAAAAAAAAGAAGCAGUGAAGUGAUUAGACAGGCUUUGAUUCCAAGUCUGGUUUGCGCUGCACCUCCAGGACACUGAGCUCCUGUAAUGCUGCUGCCAUCAUUUUUAUAUUUUGAAAACCACUCGUGCACAGCUGCACUGUGCACCCAUGGAAAGGUCCUGGGGUCAUGUUGUAGACAUUCUGCCAGUAUUCAUGCCACCUUUUUUUGUAACAAGAACCCCAAGUUCCACAGGAUGCCCAUCUGUGUGCUGACACACAGGUGUGUAGGUAGACACUUUGAGUGCUUCAUCCUGGAGAACUUCAGAAAGAUGUAAUUUAUGGCUUUUUGAAUGUCAGUGAGACUGUCAACG